CCGCGCUGGAUCUGUUUCAUCACGGGCCCGACGGCGUGCGGAAAGACGACGAUAGCCAAGGGUCUGGCCCAAUCCCUAGGCUUCGUGUUUGUUGAGGGCGAUGAUUACCACCCACCACACAACCGCGAGAAACUCUCCCGCAACGAGCCCCUCACUGACGACGACCGUGCCGCAUGGCUCGACGCCCUGAGCAAGCUGGAGUCGCCUUCGCCAGAUGAUGCCACGUUUAAUAACGCAAACGAUAGUCUAAUCAUUACCUGCUCUGCCCUGAAAAAGCGGUACAGGGACGUUCUCCGCCACGGAGGAGCACGCUCACAAAAGGGGAAUAACGCACAGGAGGGGAGGCAGAUAGGGAAGGAGGAGCUGGAGGAUGUGAGGGUGAGGUUUGUGCUAUUGGACGUGGAUGAGGAUAUGCUGCGGCAGAGGGCGAGGGAGAGGCAUGGCCAUUUUGUCGGGGAAGGGUUGGUUGCUAGUCAGGUGAAGACUCUGGAGAGACCCCAGGAAGGUGAGGAGGGCGAUGUGCUUGUUGUUGAGGUUGGGAAGGGGAUGGGGGUUGAGGACACUGUGCGGGAGGUUGAGAAGAGAGUGAGGGAGGAGAUU